CAAAAACGAAAAACCGCCCCCGCAACAAUAAUAAAAACAACCGGUACGCCACCCCCCGAAAAUCGACGUCGCAGUCGCCAUCGUCGCAAUCGUUUGGAAAUAAAUCGUGCUUUUGCCUUUUUGCAUUUGUUGUUUUUUGUUGUUUAUACGCCAAGUUAUUUACGUCGUCGUCGCAAAGCAAAAAAUAACAACAAAGCGGCUGGCGAAAAACAAAUCGAGUCGGCGAAAAUGUUUUACAAUUAAAAUUACGCGCGCAGCGGGCACAAAGGUACAAAUACGAGUGCGAGUACGAGUAUCUGCAAGAUACACACACGUAGAUCAAAUAAAGCAGCGCAAUAUGCGCAAAUUAAACUAAAAUGCAGCACAUCAGAGCUGUAAAAACUUUUACGACUACGACUGGUAACUUUGCCACCCGCACAGUCGAAAAUAAUACCAGAUACAAAUUAAGGUCGCCCAGCGGCAGCGCAUAAACACGGUGGAUUUGGAACUGGAAGUGGAAGUGGAGGUUGUUCUCUACCUGGAGUAUAUUAGUCUCAGUCCUUAGAUCCUUACACAAAAGGAUAGCCAGCCAGGGAGCGCAGAACGCACACACAAAGGCCGUAAAACAUUUUGGGCUGCUGCUGCUGCAGGUCUCCUCCUCCCAGGACUCGUAAAUUUCCAACCCAACCACCAACCACCACCCGGAAAAAAAUAAAAACACCGAAAAAUCCAAGACACCGCCAAGUAACUGCAUCCUCAACCAACUUAUAUAUAGAAACGUACAUAUAUAUAUUCGGGCAGAGAUGGCGGGCAACAUUGUCAAAUGGUGGAAGCAUAAAAUUCUCGGCGGCUACAAACAAUUCUCAGUCCAGGAAUGCACCACAGACUCCGAGGAGCUGAUGUACCACCAGGUGCGCGCCUCCUCCUCCUGCAGCGCCCCGCCCGACCUGCUGCUGGUCAGCGAACGUGACAACAAUAUCCAACUGCGAUCGCCGGUGGUGAACAUAAUCACCACGCCGCCGGGCAAUGCCUCCAGUGCGGCGACCAAGCAGCAGCAGUCUCACCAUCAGCACCACCAGACGAACCCGCACCACCACCACAGGAGCCAUCCCUCGCAUACGGGACAUCCGCAGGAUGUGAGCAGCGGCGGCAGCCACAGCAAGCAUCUGCGAAUCAGCAGCACUUCCAACGGCAAGCACGGCAAAUACUCAAAUAUGCAGCAGCAACAGCACUUGCCGCAGGACGAGGAUGUGGUGGAUGCCGCAGCCGCCAUGCAGCAGCAGCAGCAGCACGGCGGCCACGCCCACUCACGUCACCUGCACCACCACAAGGAGGAGCGCAUCCGGCUGGAGGAAUUCACCUGCGACGUGUCCGUGGAGGGUGGCAAGUCAUCGCAGCCGCUGCAGUUCUCGUUCACGUUCUACGACCUGGACGGCCACCAUGGCAAGAUAACAAAGGACGACAUCGUGGGCAUUGUGUACACCAUAUACGAGUCCAUUGGCAAGUCGGUGGUGGUGCCCCACUGCGGCAGCAAGACAAUCAACGUGCGGCUCACCGUCAGUCCCGAGGGAAAAUCGAAAUCGCAUUCGCAUUCGCAGCCGGUGGUGCCGGUUCCCGUUUCCAUGCCCGUUCCAGCCGGAUUCGGCGGCAGCCAUGCCAGCAAACUGAAGAAGCUGCCCACGGGUUUGGUGGGCGGAGUGGGAGCCGGUGGGGCGACGGCACUAACGACAUCCGCCGGCAACCGCCGCCAGCAUCGCUAUCGACCGCGCAAACUGAUUAAGUCCGAUGACGAGGACGAUGACAGCAACAGCGAGAAGGAGAAGGACGCCGCCGCGCCCACCGGCGACCAGCCGAGCGGAAGUGGAAGUGGGGCAAAAAAGGGCCAUCACCACCAGGCGCAGGCCAACAGGUAUCAUCAGAAUCUGAAUCAGAGCCAGAAGAAGGAGCAGUGCUGCAGUGGGGAGCAGAAUACGCCGGACAAUGGCCACAAUACCUACGAGAAUAUGCUGAAUCUCAAGUGCUGCAAGCCGGAGGGCGACCAGGUGGACUGCCCCUCCCACCGCCAGCAGCACCACCAAAUGCGGCAGCAGGACAUCUACAUGAAGCAGGCCACCCAGCGGGUCAAGAUGUUGCGAAGGGCGCGCAAACAAAAGUACCAGGAUCACUGCCUCGAAACGCGACAACGCAGCCUGUCAGUGGGCAACGAUUCCGCCUGGCAGAAUCGCCAUCUGCAGCCGCAGCAACCGCUGCCGGUGGGUCAGGCCGCUGCCACGCCCCCGCCCGCCCAGCCGCUGAACCACAAGAGCGCUUCGGGGUCGGGCUCACCACCUCUGGGGGGUGGCGAUAUGAUGCUCGAUGGUGUGCAGCUGCGCCAGCCGCGACCCCAGUCACUCGCCCACCAGCCAAAUCAACAGCAACGCAAAUCGGCCGAAUGCUGGAAAUCGGCGCUCAAUCGCAACGAUUUAAUUAGCAUCAUCAGGGAGAGCAUGGAGAAGAAUCGCCUGUGUUUUCAGCUGAAUGGAAAACCCCAAGCCAAUGUGAGUCCCAUACGGCAACCGGCAGCACAACAACAACAACAACAACAACAGCAACGCCAACGCUGCAAUACGGGCUCGAAAAUACCCACGUUAAUUGCCAACCACAGUCCGGUCGCCCAGCAAUCGCCGCUCAGCUGCAGUCCACCUACGGCGGACACCAACACCACCAGCAUUCCAGUGGCCCCGCCGGCCAUCGAGGUCAACGGUCAGCAGCAGCAGCCCCAUCCCAGCCACCUCAGCCACCACAACCACCACGAGCAUCCCCAACCGCACAUACCCAUCUACCAUCAGCAGCUGGCCAUUAAUCCGGCCGUUCUGGCCGCCCAGCAAACUCACAAUACGGCCCACAACAAGCUGAAUCUGUGCGGCUACGACUCCUUCCUGCAUGCCACCAUCUGCGGGGGCGGGGCGGCCGCCCACUCGCCCCCGGCCACGCCCAGCAAUGUGGCGACCGUUCAGCCGAUACCGAAGAAGAGCCAGAAGAACCUGCUGCCGGGAUACCAGCGACUGGAGCAGCAGCAGCGGAGCAGCAAGGACUACAAGAACUAUGGAAAUCUCAUCUACGCCAAGCUGAGUGAGCAGCUGCAGCAGAAGGAUCGGGAACAGCGGCGACAACGGCACAAACAGCAGCAGCAGCAGCAGCAACAUCAGCUGUUGCAGGAUCAGCACAAGGACAAGGAGCCACGACCACCCACCUCGAACUCCAGUUCGGCGGGAUCGAAGAUCUACGGCGAUGCCGUGGAGUGCGCCCAUCUGCUGGCCAGCGAGGAGGAGGAUCUGCCGCCCAGUCCGCAGCUCACGAGUACGCCCAGCAAGGUGGUCAGCACCGAUACCCUCAUCGAUCUGAACGACGAUGUGGGCGAGGCUGUGGCCGAGGCAGUCGCCGGAAAUGGCAAGCAGUCGCUGGAGGCCGAGGAAUCCGGCCAGCAGGUGGAGGCCGAACUGGACACCAGUGCCUCCAGCUCCAUGAUCCACCGCUAUGUGCACGAGCAUAUCCACCAUCACUAUCACCACUUCAAGGAGCAGCAGGAUGUCUAGGCCGAGUCGGGGGAGAAUCUAUCUACUAUUUGAAUGUUGCUUAUGUUUCAGUCUAUUGAUUAAUGUAGCGCGAAUUGUAAUUUAAACUAAGCAUUCAUCAACUAAAAAUCAAGAAAAUAUUCAAAAACGAUAUUAGGGCCACAGGAUGUGAGAAUGGUUAAGUGAGUUUGAAUAGGGUGAUGAUAGUCCCAAACUGAACAGAUUAAAAUAUAUAAAAAGGUUAUUGUUAAAAAAAAUGCAUUUUUUUAUUUCCCUUGAAGCUCUGUAAUAUUUAAGAUUUUAGUUUAAUACAUUUAAUUAUUCAAUUAAUUAUUCAACCGAUUUCAAACUCACUUUUCCAAUUUUACUUGGGAAAGUCCUUAGAACCAAACUUGAACUUAUCGAGGACUUGACCCACUGUGAGAUCCACUGAUCCCAGCAUAUAUGUAUAUGUAGCCUCUUUAGCUUACGCAGAAAUCGAAUGGAAAACAAAAAUUACGCGCCUUUUGCCUUAGCAACAAUCGAAUCGCCGCUUCGCUAUGCUAAUCAACUAGCAACAUGUUACAGCACACCCACACAUAUCACUAUCAGAAACAGAAACCGAAACAGAGGUGUGUGUGUACGUGUAAACUAAAUGGGAGAAUAACUAUUGUUUAGUGCAAAUUAUUAAAUCAAAUUGUUGUCUAUGAUAUAAAAUUUUAUGCGCCGCUUUUUAAGUGUUUAGACAGAGAGCAACAAAUGAGUGCAGUGGGACUAUGGCCGCCAGUUUUAAGUUAACUAUCGAUCGUGUAUAUUUAUGUUAUCUAAGCCCAUUAAUUUAAAUACUAUUUUUAGUUUCUAACACUAACCCCAACAAGACAAGCAACAAUGCAACUAAAUACUAAAUUACAACAACGACAACACAUAAAUUGUAGUUCAAUUAUUAUUUUUAAAAUGGAUUUUUAUUUCGUCAUCUGUCAACCAAUCGAGUUAGCAACCCAAUCAAUCAAAUCAAACAAAACAAGCAC